GCGAGAACGGGCACGUCAAAAAGGAAAGGAAAAUGUGGACUGUUAGGACAAACUGAGGCCAGAGCGAGCACAUCCAACUGCGUACAUAUCUUCGCUGGAUUAGGUUGCCACGUAUUUGUUAUUAUUUAGAGUUCUCAGACGGACAUUUGAGAGUUUAAGGGUCAUUUCGAGGUUAACUCGUCCUCUUGUUUUGUGGUGGUUCGCUUUGAGGAAGCAGCUCGGCUAGCCAGCUGAAUUAGCUAGCUCGCUAGAGAUGGGGACGAGAGCAAGUCGCCUACAAGAAGACCCGGUUCCCUCUGCUUUCGGAAAAGAUGGCACAAAGCGGGAUUCCUAUCGGCGACCCCGCUGUGCCAGGCCCACCAGUCUCAUGGUGGACUUCUCGGGGAGCUUCGAGGACACUGAGGCCAACCGGAGCCGAUCGGAGGAGGGCAGCGACUCCGACCUGGGGCAGCAUGGGGCGAGCGCCGACGGUAGCCCCGCUGACCACCACAGCAUUCCCUCUAGCAUUGGCCAAGCGUCACCUGUGGACGACAACAACAGCGAGGGGAAACCCGAGGAAGACGGUAAUGUAAGCCCGGAGCCCCCCGUCGUAGCGGAACAUCAACCCGGAGAGGAGACAGGCCGCACGCCCCACCGCACCUUUUCCGAGCGGCUGCCCGGGAAUCGGCACUCUUCCGCCCGCAGCGUCGGCGCAAGAUCCGCCCGGGUCCGAGGCACACACCAGCGGCCGGUGUCAGAGGCUUGGAUUGGCCUUUACCGUGUUAACAACCGUCAUGGCAAUAUCCGCUGUCCCUUCUGCUCAAAGCCCUUCCCGGGGGGUCGGAUUGAGGAUCACCUGUUGAGCUGCCUCACGUCUCCACCCCUACCUUACAAUACGGAUGUGCUCAGUAAAGACAGCGGAGAGUGUUCCAUCUGUUUGGAGGAUCUGGUACAGGGGGAGACCAUCGCCAGGCUGGCUUGCCUCUGCGUCUACCAUAAGAGCUGCAUUGAUUCCUGGUCCAAGGUGAAACCCUGCUGCCCUGAACAUCCCUUUGAUUGACUCACGGGUCACAUGUAUUCCGCGCAGUGACCAACCCGACUCAGGAGACUACACUGAAUCCCAAUAAAAUCCCAAUAAAAAUGUGUAAUUAAACAAAUAAAAGCCCAUGUCCCUCUCAGACGCAGACCUAUAUUUGAGCUGAGAACAGACGAUCCUAAGAGGAAGUUCCAGUUAGCGACACCCGGCGCUCUCCAUUUGGAUCGGUCCAUUUGAACUUAGUAUAGGCCAUUUCAAGCCAAACUCCAACAGCAGAAACAGCGGCUCCGUCUAAUCUCGGGUCGAGACCCUUGUUGGACCAGAAGUGGAGGAGGCUUCAUUUCAAUGUUACGGACUUGGCCUGAAUCCGCAGAACAUAAAAAAAUUAAUAAUAAUAACACAGAAGUAAACAUUAUCAUCCUCGGACGAUGGAACUUGCCCCAGAAAGAUCUUGAACUUGGGGAGGAACGCGAAAAAAGUUCUUAACUGUGACUCUGGAUCCUCUCCUGUGUAUUUUUUCUCCCUCCAAAUGGGACUGGUCAUUUUAUCAAGUAUUUUGCAGAAAGAGUAUUGUUCCAUGUCAUACAUUGGAUGAAUGUUUUCUUUCCUCGGCUAACCCCAAAUGAACCAACCUCACACUGAAAGCGUGAACAGUUACCACGUAAACAUUGCUUUAUUUUGAACCAGCUGGAGGUUGAGGGCUUGUUUUUUGGUGAACGGGGGCUGCCGUUACUAGGUGUUUUCUUUUUUUUCUAUUACCUGUAAACAUUUCAGGGGAAGUUUGGGGGCUUGUUUUGAGUAGGUCAGUUGUCUUGUAGGUGGUUAGUUAGCUCUGAGUUUAAUGUGCUGCUACUUGCUGAGUGUUUUGGGAGGUUGUAGGUAUUUCAUAGGGCCAUAGUAGCGCUGGUGUUUGCACCAAUUUGAGCACUUUUGUCCUUCAAGGCUGAUUUUUUUUUUUCCUUCCCCCCACAUAAUGUCCGGGUUAAGGUUUUGUGUGUGUGUGUGUGUGUGUGUGUGUUGAGAUUAUGACCAGGGACAGGAAAUGUCCCGAGCAUGACUGAAAUUGUGUGAUUUCGUGUGUAUUUACUGUAAAUUGCCCAGAAGUCUGCUUGGUCAAGCGGGUCACCCUUCUCAUUUUUUAAUGCUCGUUUUUAAGUGCAGUCACUCUGGCAAACAUCCGGUGACAUGUGGCAUCGGUACGCAGCAUGGCGGCUCAUGUGGUCCCGUUGUACUCUGAAUGCGGUUUGAGUUUUUGUCCCACCACCCACUCCUCCCUCCUCAUUCUCAAGCACUCUCUGGGGUGUAGUCCGGAUUUUUGGACCGAGAGACAGUUUCGCCAUCUGGUUACAUUAAGGCCAGAUUGAGGAGGGACAAAAGGACGGAUGGAUUGAGGGAUGUAUUUUUGGGGGCAUGUUCAUACCAUGUGGCAUCUGCCUCUCUUUCCAGCACUGGAGGCUAUGAAAAGCUGAUGGUUAAUUAUUACAUAACUAGCCCCAACCCCCUCCCCGCGCCCCUUGUUUUUAGGUUUUUAGAUAUUAUAUCAUCACAUUAUGAUCAUGAUUAUUGCUAAAUGUGUUAAAUGGCUUUCCUUUGCCUUUUUUUGUGUGUUGAUUGCCUUUGCUUGGUGAAGGGGUUCUUGUGCGAGCAGGUAUUUGUGGUGUUUUUAGGGCUGAACUGAGGUGGUAAGGCUGCUUAACAGAUGCCGUCUGAGUAAGACUGAACACAGGCCAGACGGCAGCGGGAAAGAACAAAAACAUGAAUGGAUUGCGUUUGCUGCCUCUUCAAAAGGCGAGUCUGUCCCAUGUGUGUUAAUUUCUGUGCUUACAAGCAGGAUGGAUCAGUUUAUAGGUCAGCCCAGUGCACAGGUCUGCUAUGGGCUAGUUUGUUCACCCCAGCCCCCCCCCCCUUUCUUUUCCGGUCCUUGACGUUCUGCAGUCUGAGGUGCUACGACUUGUCCUGCCACUAGAGGGCAGCCCUGUGCAUGUUUCUCAUUUUUUUUGUACUGGUGAAUAGAAAAGAAUAAUGCCAAAAGUCUGUCUGUGCAUUGGGGGCAUUGCGUGAGAGAGUGCGAAAGACGAGCUGCAUUGAUCAUUAGAUGUUACAUUUGUUGUGGUGAUAAGUUAUGAUGUUGUAUACUUUGGCUGGGAGGGGUGGGGGUGUUUGUGUGUGUGUGUUUUGGGGGGGUUGGUGGUGGUGUUGGGUUGUCGAUAAAGAUAAUAGACAAUCUGAAACCCCACAUUACUCUCAUUUACUUUCUUACCCCCUCUAAGCUGUGUGGUGCAAUACCUCAAUUUUUACCAAUGCUAACUAAACGCUCUGUGUGUAAACUUGCUCCUCUCCAACCAAGGAUGGUAUUUUGUAUAAAUGUCCCUAAAUCCUUGGUUUUGAAUCACAGGGCACUGAUCCCCUGUGUGCCCUGUGCUUUGAGGCUGAUGUAUUAGAUGAGAAUGUGUUUCAGAGAGUCACCGCAACAGUAUCUGCAUCCCCAAGAUAUGGACAAUCUGCCUUUUACUCUGGUAUAAAAACAAAUUGAAUUUUAUUUAUUAAAUUGUAAAUAUGUAAUGCAAUUCAAGAAAAAUGGCUUGGUCUUUGUCUGUUCAAUAUACUGUUUCUAAGCUCCAAUCUUUUGUAUGUCUCAGAAAUUGUUUUUAUAUGUAUUUUUUACAAUAAAUAUGUGUGAGAGA